AUGGAAACAGUCCCGCAAGAGAUCUUUCUAACUAUUCUUGAUUACAUCGGAAAAGAGAAACACCAUUUAAAGCCAUAUCUGACCGUUUCUCGUCGCUGGCAGCGCGUUAUUGAACGGUUCUUCUUCAGAAGUCUCGAGAUUAAGAACACUAGGCUAUCUACGUUUGCCAGUCUCUUCCGUGAAACCGAGGCCCAUCGCAAAGCUCUGAUUGAGUCACUUGAUUUCCAGGUUCUUCUACCAGCCUACGACGGGGAUAAUUACCAUCAGCAUGAAGAGGUCAACAAUCAAGUAUUCUCCACUGCUAUUCUUGAGCUAUUCCAGAUGCUUGAGACCUUUAGUGAGGAUGAGAAUGUCAAGAGAAAUAUUAGAAGGGGUGAUGGGCUGCGGUUAUCUAUACGCUAUAUAUUUUCGCCGAGCGAUAGCUUCUAUCAUCUGGACCAUUUCGCUGGAAUUAGGGGGAGAUAUAUCAAACUCCUGAACCACGAAAGGUUGCCUAUCCUCUCAUGUGUAUCUGACUUUUUUUCUCGCCAUGGUCACGAAUCACGUAUUUUAGACCCUGCAUCAGGCAUUCUUAUUUCAGGCAAGCUUAAGGGUUUACAAGUCUCUGCUAAACAAUAUGAUGACCAUCGAGAGUAUAUUGGCGACGAAACCCGGAAGAUAAUUCGGCCUAGUAUGUACAAUAUGCUUAUACAUCAGAUAAAAUUCACAAUUUAUACCAAUACCUGGUUUAAUAGCCUUUACAAAUGCCCUCUCUCUAUAUACCCAUUCCUUAAGGAAGUUUAA